AUGCCCGCUGGAAAAUUCUCUACAUUUAUAAGGAGAAUGUUCUGGCUGACGGGAACAAAAUUUGAGAUUAUUGUGAAAAGUUCGUUUGUUGAAAAGAAAUCCGAUUGGCUUAUGCAUCCAAUGCUGGCAUCACAAUGGUUCACAGCCGAGUGUUGUAAUCAAAUCGGCUUUGCACCAUUCAAAAUACCUGAAACAUCAAGUUUUCCACUUGGUCGGCAAUAUUGUGGCGUUCCGCCACACUUUACCACGCCAUUUGAAGCUUGGAAUACUCAUCGCUCUUGCCUUGCUUCUCUUGUCAUGGUGAUGACUGGUACACCAAGCUCCAGUUGUCUAGAUCUAGAUUGCUUGAUUGCCAUCGGCGGAGAUGCCAAGCUUACCGAAUACGCAGUACCCUCUUUUACGAACGUUGGUCCCGUCAAUUAA